AGCUAUGGUCCCCCUUUCAGUUCAAAGUGAGAGACCAGAGAAACAUGGAACAUUUCUGACAGUCAGCGUUUUGGGUUCAGUUGCUCCGCAAUAUCCCCUAUGACUUGAAAAUUGUCCACCAUGAGUGUUAUAUACGUCAAUGGAAAUCGUCAGUGCUUGGAAAUAAUUGUGUGCCUAAUUUUAUGCUCAGUGAUGGGAACCAGCUCGGAGCGACCUUUUGAACCAGCUGCUGGACACCAACUCGCAUUUCCCCGGAAGACUAUCUUGAAAGAGUCUCCCAUUCCGAAAAUAUUCACCGAGAACACGGCCCUGCUUUCAGUGCAGGUGUACAAAACCCUUCGCGAUGCUGUGAUAUUCGAUUGGUACAUUUCUCUCAAUGACAAAGAUCAAAUGAGCUCGUGCGAUGUAGUGUACAAGAGCAACUCGACAAACGAUACCAUUCUCUUGUCGCCUUUCUUGCCCAAAACUCGGACUUUCUUCAUUGCCGAAUUGGACGCGGAAUCCCACUACGAGUUCCACAUGCUCUGCGAGGAUCACAAAGCCCGAAACUACGUUACCAAGCCUAUAUUCUUCACCACAG